AUGACUGAAAUUGACCAGUCUAUUCUGAAUGAUGUUGACAUGUACCAUGACGAAAAUGAUACUAGUAAUGAAGAUGAAUCUGUUAGCAAUUCAGAAUAUACUAUGGAGUCUAUGGAGCUUGAUAAUACUAUUUCAUAUAAGUGCGCAUGUAAUUUUGAGGACAGUGAGGGUGAAGCUCACAUUUACGACAGCAGCCGAAUCAGUACAAAUACUUUUACCAAGGCCGAGUUGAUGAGUAUUCAUCUGUCUCAAUUGAUGCUACAGCAUAGAAUUGCUAGAGCAGCAUAUAGAGACAUUGUUCAAUUUAUAAACACUGUCAUCCGAGACCAUGACGAUAUAAUGAUGGAACCUGGGGCUAAGAUCAGUCAUGGCGAAACUGUUGAUGCUUUGCUCAAGUCAAAGUCAAGUGUCAAGGGCCAUGAGUAUGAUGUCUGCUCUAGUGGUUGUCGAUUGUAUGGCAUUAAUGACGACCAGGAAUCUUGUGUUGACUGCGGCAAACCGCGAUACAAGACUGAUCCCGAUCAAAGUCAGACACCAGCCGCCAGUAUGAAACUUAUGUCAGUUGGGGAUAUGCUUUCUCAAAUGUUGGCAGAUCCAGCCACAAGAGAACUCCUCUGUUACAGAGCAAACCGGGAAUCUGUAGCUGGUCAGCUAACCGACAUUUUUGAUGGUGACAAUUACAAGCAGUUGGUGCAGCAGGGCCUGUUCUCCAAUCCCGAUGAUAUUGCCAUUGGGCUUUAUACUGAUGGGUUUGUCAAUCAAAAGAAAGGCAAAAACUCAUAUACCAUCAUCCAUUGCAUAAUAUUCAACCUAGACCCAUCCAUCAGACGGCAUGGCAUGUACUUUGAUGACAUUUCCGCCCGGUUAAGACCUUUGGAAGACUUCAAAGUAGGCAACCCUUCGAAGAACAUAUACCAGCCGAGCAUAUAUACCCAACUCUCAACCUUCUCUGGAUCAUCAUUUUUUGCAUUAGAUGAACUUCAUUUAAUUGCAAGAGGGAUUGGAAAGUUUGUGUAUGACCUGAUUACUGUCACCCUCACAAAGGAAACCAAAUUUUAUUAUACCCAUCCAGACAAUACCCUCAAUACCACCGAAUACCCUUUUCAUAUACCAAGAGCAGACCUUGUAACAAUUGGAAACUGUAUUACCAGCUCACGAAAAUAUAUACCCACCUCAUUUCAAGGUAGUUUCGACAACGUAUUUGCCAAGAUCGAUGGUACUCGCGCAGUAGACUGGCUUUACUUUCUCUUAUACCUUGUCCCCACUUUGGUUGUGCCUUAUUUACCAAAUAGGGCUGUCAAAACAGCUCUAUUAUCUCUCGUGAAAGGUUGUGCGCUUGCCUUGCAAUGGACGUUGACAUCAGAAUUGCUUGAUGAGAUGGAGUUAUACUUCAAGCACUGGCACUCGUUUUUAUACCAACAAGUCCAGAAUAAUACCCUGUCUCGUAGUGUUUUCCGACCAGUGCAACAUUACCUGGUCCAUAUACCCUAUAUCAUCAAGCAGCAAGGCCCCCUGCGAUGCUACUCCACUCGCUCAAUGGAGAGAGUAAUUGGCGUCUUCUCGAAAUUGAUAAAGUCCAAAUCAAAGGGUGGCCGAAAUGCCAGUUUUCUCGUCGAGCGAUUUGCGAUUCACAAUUAUACCAGCACAGCAAUCAGCAUCUGUGAUGAAAUCAACCUCAUUUGGCCAAAGCCAUAUGGAAGAGAGAGCUACAUGGACCUUCCUAAUGAUCCUAGUGGUGCGCAGUUGUGGGAGCCGUUUCAUCAGUUUGUUAAUUUGAAUGAUGAUUCGGUGGAAGGUGUAGGCGGCCCUAGUGUGAAGGAAGCUUUAUUGAAAUACUACCAGAGAACAACAGGCUUGACUGGCCACGAGUUUGGUGACUCUGUUGUUGUUGUAGCUGCACGUCUGUGGAUGGACUCAACUGUAUAUUCCUCAUGCAUCAACCGUAAUGUAAUUGUUCACAGCUGGCUCGUUGGUACAGUACAGUUCUACUUUCAGCAUGUAGAUUUCUAUGGCUUCCCACACUUUCUUGCUUUCGUGGAGGUCAUGAAGGAACAUGACGCGGCUGGUCAUGACUCAUCAGUACCUAUCGUCAAACAAUGGUCACAAAGCACCCAUACACUAGGCCACCAAACGCAACCGACUUAUGCAGUUAUAAGUGUAAAUAACAUUUGUCAUCAAGUUGGUCUGGUCCAAUACCCACCGAAUGGAAACCAGUUUUAUGUAAUCGCGCCCUAUUAUAUCUUUAACAACAACAUGCGCAUUACUAAAGGCAAUCUUUCCAUUCUGUAA